CGCAGUCACGCCGGGGGCGGCGCUGUAACGGCGGACGGUAGAAAGGCGUAAACUUGGCGCUGGCGCCCGCUUUACGACCGGACGGAAAGUGAGGCGGGGAUCGGAAGGUGUUGAAGAAAGCUCCUGGUUGAACUGUUCCCAAUCCCACAGCCAUGCCAUUAAUUGACCUCCAGGGAAAGCUGGGCAUCAACAUCGACAAAUGGAUGCUAAUCCAAAGUGGUGCACAGCCCCACAACCGGCCGGCCCGUUGUCACGUAUUUGAGAAGGAUUGGAUUGAAUGUGCUCAUGGGAUCGGGAAAAUCAGAGCCAUGAAGGAGUGUAAUCUGGAAAUGGAAGAUUUCUAUGAAUGUGUGAACCGAACUAAGUUGGAAAAAAGGCUGAGCAGCAUCCGAGCACAAAGAGAAAAGCUGAUAAAGGAAGGCAAGUACACUCCUCCAGACUACCACACCGGCAAAGGUGACCAACGUCCAUAAGCAUUGUCCUUGUCUUCGUUACCCAUACAGGAGCAAGCAUCAGAUGAUCCUCUCAACAGUCUAAAAACUGGAACAUUACAGUUAGCUUGUGCUGAAGGUUAUCAUGGGACAAUGCACAGCUUGUGUGUCCAGUUUAGUUGGGUUGUUUUGGGAAGGCUAUUUGUGGGCAAUGAUUGUGCAACUUGUCUAUAAAGAUUAUUAAAUCUAAUUACGAUACUGAUUGUUAGCUUUGUCUGUCAUCUGUGAUGAGAGAUUCUAUGAUUCCAGUCUUUUUACUGUCACCUUUGGCUCAGCUGAUAGCGCUCCCACAGUCCUGCCUUCGACUUCCGGUUCAGAAACCGUGCACAAGAAUCUGGACUGAUGACUGACCUUCCAGUGCAGAGCUGAAGAAAUGCUGCACUGUCAGUGGUUCACUCUUGGAUAAAGCCCUCUGCUCUCUCCCAAGAGAGUGAGGUUCUCUUUGCCAAUAAUUCAAGGAAGAAUCCCUGGUUAUCCACCUGACCUGCCCAAUACUUAAUUGUGAACAUUAAUAAAACAUGUGGACAUUACCUUUUUGUGAACGUUUGCUAUACAUAAUUAUGUGUUUCCUGUGCCUCAUUAACUGAAAAUUCGUUGAGAUGCUUUGAAAGAGAUGUUAAAAGUGUGAUAUAAUUUUCCCCCCUUUUUGUACUUGCUGUUAUAGUCUUGGCUAAAGACAAUUCCGUAUGUCUAUUUGACCACAAUCUGAGAAUGAACCAGAUCACUUGGAAACUUCCUUCCAUCAUAUCUGCAGCACUAAGACUUCAACCAAUGUAAAGACACCCUUUUCUGCCCAUGUCUUAAUUCCUCUGACCUGAAAUAAA